CUCGUGGCUGUUCACCACCAAGUGGAUGGGCCCUGGUGCUCCGCAUCGUAGACGGACGAGGGGAACAGCGGAUCAGAAUUCCGCUUUCUCAGUGUCACUUUGACCGCACGUCCGAAACCGCGUCACAUCAUUCGACAACGCGAUAGCGAGUAGCUACUUCUCGCCGAUUGGCGAACCGAAAUCGCGGGUGACAGCUGGAAGUUGUCGCGAGGCGACACUCGAUUGUCAGUCAGUUGAAGAAGAGAGAAGCUGAUGAUAGAAAAAUAGAGAAAAAUUUGAUUAAAAAAUACGUACAAUCGAGGAGGUGAUACAAAAUCUGUAGAUCAACGAAUCGUUCCGCGACCCGAAAUUUGUGGGAAAUCGAGGGCCUAACAAUUAUACCAUAGAGCCUAAUGAUCGAAGAAUAAAAAAAUAAUUGGUGUAAAUAAUAACGUAUAAUAAUUAUUACAAAUCAAUGGUGAGUUUCGUUGUGCGAGGUUUGAGUAAAGGUUGAGAAGAGGACCCUCAAAACUAAUUAAACAAUAAUAAGUCUUGUUGUGAUCCAUUCAUUAACGAUCGAGGAAAUUUUCGCAAUAAAAAAAUAUAUAAUUAAUAAGAAUUAUUAUAAAUCAUAGAACAGUCAUAGAUAAAGCGAUAAGAAAUAAAAAUCGGUUGAAGAUAAAUCGAAUUUAACUUGUGAAACGCGAGGUGAACAUUUUGUGAAAUACACGAUUAUUAGUGACUGAAUUGUGAAGCACGCGAGUUGUGACAAACAAAGUUGUGGUGACAUCAAGCAUCAUGCUCGGUGGAUACGAAGCUCAGACUGAAUACUAUCCGCAGUGGCAUCAGCCGUACAAUUAUGUCACUCAGCUUCCUUACGGACCUCUCGGCUCGAUUCCCGAUGUCGACAGCCAAUCGACGUACUGGGGAGGCGCGGAUUCCGGCAUCUCGGGGGGUAGUUCGGGGGCAGGCAGUCCGACGGCGUCAACGCCACCCUUGAUCGAGGAGAUCGGCGUUCAGGAGCCGAGUUAUUCGCCCCUACAGCAAUACGUGCACCCCUCGAGCGGUCAGCAAUACGCCCUGCCGUACUCUCAAGGCCAACAGGAAACGUCACCCCAUCACCAUCACCUGCACCAUCAUCAUCAUCAACCCAGUUAUCGACGUGACCACGAGUUUGCAAGCAGCCAGAUCAAUCAACAAGUCGUCGGCGGGGUGGUUGGUACCCUUCAGCAGCACCUUCAUCAGGGUGUUCACGAGGGUGGAGACGUCUCGGUCAGACCACCCAAAAGACGAAACACCGCAAACAAGAAGGAAAGGAGACGCACUCAAAGCAUAAACAACGCGUUCGCCGAUCUGAGAGAUUGCAUUCCAAAUGUCCCCGUUGAUACCAAGCUCUCGAAGAUCAAGACUCUGAGGCUGGCGGCGUCCUACAUCGGAUACCUGAUGGCAGUCCUCGAGAGCGACGAGGGAGAAGAGCCGCAGACCUUCCGUGCCGAGAUCCUCUCGAACGGCAGGAGGAAGACGACUCAACCUAAUCAGAACGAGUCGUGUUUGCAAUCUGCCUCGAGUCUCGGCCACGAAGAACCGACCAAGAGCAAAGGACGAACGGGUUGGCCGCAGCACAUGUGGGCUCUCGAAUUGAAGCAAGAAUCACCGACCGGCCAGAUGCAAUAAAACAUACCGGAGACACCCCUGUCAAAACAUAUCCGCAAUAUUUCACGAAAUAUCGCUUGAAACGAACGUUACUUUCUUUUUGCGCCUGACGUUGCUUCCCGCCAUCGGGAAGAAACGUGGGGUCGCAAUUUAACCAUCGUUGCGUUGUUCAAAGAAUCACGAUUUUUUAGACUUCUGUCACGAGCCAAUCGGAAGAAAUCCAAAAUUAUCGCAAGAAGUAUCUAAUACAUAAUUGACGAAAUAAUGCCGCUGCGCAAAGGAAACAUUUACUUCAUAAUGUUCAAACUUUGGGAAAAAUGUUGAGAAAUCGUGAUAAAUCCUAAUAAAGGCUAUUAUAAUAUUAUAAUAUUAUUCGAUGUAAAAACGGUAGAAUCGUUUGUACAUAACGCGCGUUUAUGAUUGUUGUGUGUAUACAUAGAGUUCUCCUGUAGCGAUCAGUGUUCACAUGUCGAGCCAAAGAAUGUUAUUUUAUUCAGUAAAUUUAGGAAUUUCGAGCGCGACGCGCGUCGACUAGACUUAAGAGUCUUUGUAAAGUUUUGUAUAAAGCAUCACACAUUAGAAAUGUAUAAAGUGUCGUUAGCAAUAAACAAUUUAGUAUAAUGAAAAA